AUGCGCGCUAGAUCUAUCUUCACCACACUCCUUUCCUUUGCGGCGGCGCUUGUUCCCGCCUCCGCCCGCUCCUCGACCGGCGACCGAGUGCUCGUCGUCCUAGGCCCCAAGGUCGAGCAGGACCACUACAAGGGCUUCUGGUCCUCUCUAGAGCAACGGGGGUACGAGCUAACGUUCGCGGCGCCGGGUGACGAGCUACUGCUCGACGCAUUCGGCGUGCCCCUCCACGAACACCUGAUUGUCUUUGCCCCAGACACUGAGAAACUCGGCAAGCACGUCACUCCUCAAGCCCUAUUCGACGCGCAGGGGACCUAUCUUAACACGCUGUAUGUGUUGUCGCCAGAGAUUAGCGAGGCACAGCGCACCAUUCUCCAGCAGUACGGUGUAGAGGCCGCACCGAAGGGGUACCAGGUGCGCGAUGCGUUCUCGCACGUCGGAGGGCACGAGAGCUGCUGCGUCGUGCUUCCCAGUUCGUCCAACGUCGCUCCCGAGGUCGUGCUCCCCAAGACUGGAGCUAUCGUCUUCCCACACGGCACGGGCUUCAACCUCAACUCGAACCCGCUCCUUAUCGACGUUCUCCGCGCCCCAGUCACCGCCUAUGUCGGAGACAAGGACGGUGUUGCGCCGACCACGAAGCCCGGACACGAGGUCAAGUUUGCGGGUGAGGGCAUGUCGGCCGUCGCGGCGCUGCAGACGCGCGCCAACUCGCGCAUCGGGUUCAUUGGCUCGCCGGCCAUGCUGUCAGACAAGUGGUGGGGCAAGGACCUCGACGGCAAGGAGACGGGCAACCGCGCCGCGCUUGAGGACCUGACCCGCUGGCUGUUCCAGGAGACGGGCGUGAUCCGCGUUGCUAAGACACACCACCACCGCGUCGGCGAAAAGGAGCCCCGUGAAGCAUACACCAAGAAAGACGAGGUGGCGUACGAAAUCACGAUCCAGGAGUACCAGACGCGCGGCAACCUCUCCCGCUGGGGUAACUGGGACGGCGCGAUGCAGCUUGAGUUCACCAUGCUUGACCCGCACAUCCGCACCGAAUUGAAGCCCGUCAGUUUCCGUCCGGAUGGGACGACGUACGCGGCGAGUUUCCGCGCGCCGGACCGUCACGGUGUCUUCAAGUUUGUCGUCAACCAUUUCCGGCCGGGUUGGACGUUCCUCGAGGCUGCGGACCGCGCCAGCGUCGUGCCCCUCCGCCACGACGAGCAUCCGCGCUUCAUUGCCGGCGCGUACCCCUUCUACGCGGGGUGUCUGUCCACGUCGGCCGCGUUCCUCUUCUUCACCGCGCUGUGGAUGCACCUCGGCGAGAGCGACAAGGGGAAGCAGAAGGCCGAGUAG